UGAUGGAAUGAUUUGACUUUAAUCCUAAUUUCGUAAAAGAAUUUUUCCGAAAUAACAAUUUAAAAAACAUAAAUAAUAGUCCAACAUAACAACAUAUUUGAAAUCAUAUAUCUCCUAUACUCUCUCGUGCCUCUCUUUUUUUCAUUCGGUCCUCUUGGAAAUUUUAGUUCAAUUAUCAUGAAAAAGUAAAAAUAUAUUAAUAUAAGAAAUUAAGAUUAAAUUAAUAUUGCUGAAUUUUACCAAAUUUGCUAGAUUUUGCUGAAUUUGUUAAAAACUACUAAAUUUACUUUAGUAAAUAAUUCGCCUCAUACAAAAGACAAUAAAUGCUCUUGAUAUAAGGAAUUAGUAGGAUUCUAUGUUUUAUGAUAGUCUUAUAAUGAUUGAUAUGAAAUAAGUAAAAAUGAGCGAUCAAUUAUCUGUAGAGAAAUUAAAUUUUGAAAGCGAUUCAAUCGUAAAACGAUUGCAAAUAUUAGAAGCUUUAGUAAAUGGCACUAAUAUAAAAGAUAUCAUUAGAUAUAUUUCACAUUUAAAUAAUACGAUUGGUGUUGAAUCAGCGAUCUUGAAUUGUGUUACAAACUUAGAAAAUGAUUUCCAAGGCUCAGAUAAGUUCAUAAAUGUUGAAUCGUUGCUUGAUGCAUUGAUAAUAUUUUACGAUGAGUGCUGCCAUUCAUCUCUUCGUCGUGAAAAAACUGUAUCAGAUUUUUUAGAUUUAUUUAAGAACAUUGUGACGAUUAUAAAAGAUCUGCGUCUGACAAAGAAUGAUUUUGAAGUUAUCAAAACUAUUGGACGGGGUGCAUUUGGUGAAGUGUGUUUAGUGAGAAUGAAAAAUUGCAACGAAAUUUUCGCAAUGAAAAUAUUGAAUAAAUGGGAAAUGCUGAAACGAGCAGAAACUGCAUGUUUUAGAGAGGAGAGGGAUGUAUUAGUGUUCGGUGAUAGGAGAUGGAUUACAAAUCUUCAUUAUGCAUUUCAAGAUGAUCAUAAUCUCUAUUUAGUUAUGGAUUAUUAUUGUGGAGGUGAUCUGUUGACAUUGCUGAGUAAAUUUGAGGACCGUUUGCCAGAAGAAAUGACCAAAUUCUAUAUUGCUGAAAUGAUUUUAGCCAUCGAUAGUGUCCAUAAAUUGAACUAUAUUCAUCGUGACAUAAAACCAGACAAUUGUCUAUUAGAUGCUAAUGGACAUAUUCGUUUGGCUGAUUUUGGCUCAUGCUUAAGAUUGGGAGCAAACGGAAAAGUUCAAUCAAAUGUUGCCGUUGGUACACCAGAUUACAUAAGUCCUGAAAUUCUUAGAGCUAUGGAAGAUGGCAAAGGAAGAUAUGGAACUGAAUGUGAUUGGUGGUCUCUUGGUGUAUGCAUGUAUGAAAUGCUUUUUGCUGAAACUCCAUUUUAUGCUGAAAGUCUGGUUGAAACUUAUGGCAAGAUUAUGAAUCAUAAAAUGAGUUUCGAUUUUCCACCUGAAGAUGAAGAUUUUCCUGUAAGUCAAAAUGCAAAAAAUCUUAUGAAAAGCCUAAUAUGUUCACAAGAGACUAGAUUGGGCCAAAAUGGUAUUGAUGAUUUUAAGAAUCAUUUAUGGUUUGAAGGAAUUAAUUGGGAUACUAUAAGAAACAGUUCAGCACCUUUCAUUCCAGAAGUAUCAAGUCCUACAGAUACAAGUAAUUUUGAUGUUGAAGACUCUGAAAAUAGGAUUCUUCAGGAAGCAGUUCCUCCAACAGGAAAUCCAAUUUUUUCUGGAAAUCAUUUGCCAUUCAUCGGUUUUACGUACACAAAAAAUAUUAACAGUUGUAUUGAGUUACAAAAAAUCCAGCCCUCAAUCGUUCCACAACUGCCAGAGGCUUCACAUUCCAUUUACAAACAGAGUACAAAUCCAUUUCAACAAGACACCCUUAGUCCCGAAAGUACGAGGAAACUUCUAAAUGAUGUUAAUUUCUUAAGGAAACAAAAUUGUGAUUUGGAAAGUCAAUUGAAAUAUUAUGAAAAUCAGCAUUUUAAUAGUGGCGGUGUUGACAAAACGGAUGGACAAUUAGAGGCAGAAAAAAUUAUAAGAGCUCUGAAGUAUGAAAAAGAAGAGCUUCAAAAGGAACGUAUGGAUUUAACGGAAAGACUUAAUUCUCAAGAAAAGGAAUUAAAAGAUGCCAUUAAGCAAAGAUCGCUGGCAAUGAAUGAAUAUACUGAAGUGACAGAUAAACUUUCAGAAUUGAGAACUCAAAAGCAAAAAAUUUCUAAACAAGUUCGUGACAAAGAAGAGGAGUUAGAAGUUGCCAUGCAGAAAAUUGAUGCAUUGAGAAAUGAGGUGAGAAGAAUUGAGAAAGGUAGAAGAGAAAUGGAACUUAAAAUUCAGGAAUUUGAAACUACAAAAGAAAGACUUGAAUUUGGAAGGCAGGACAGUCGUUUAUCAUCAACUUCAGAUUUAGGUUCAUCCAUUGGAUUAUCAUCUGAAUCAUUUAGAUUAGAAAUUGAAAGAAUGGAAAUUGAUUUUAAGGAUAAGCUAAAUCAACAGCAAUUCCGAUAUAAUCAAGAACUAGCACAACUUCGUAACCAUUUGGAUGAAAUUGAAAGUCAGAAAAAUAUGCUUCAAAUACAAUUAGAAGAGCGUGUUAGAAACGAUUUGACAAGCAAUGAUCCAAACGAGUUUGCGGAAUUCAGAAUGAGGCUUGAAAGAGAUAAGAAACUCUUACUAGAAGAUAACAGAAAACUCAUUGCGGAAUUAGAAAUGUUGAGUGAAAACAAUCGACAGUAUCAAGCAGAAAGACUUCAAAUGGAAAAUAAUUAUGAAGAACUGAGAGUUAAAAGACAAGCUAUUGCACAAUGUGAGCAUCAAAUAUCUGAAAUCAUCCAAUGGGUUACUGAUGAAAAGGAUGCACGUACAUAUUUGCAAGCUUUAGCAACAAAAAUGACUGAAGAACUUGAAUAUAUGAAACAAUCAAGUCAAAACUCAUCAGAAAAAAAUUGGAGAAACAGACGUUCACAGAAAAUGGAAAAGAUGGAAUUGCUCAAUUUACAAAGCUCAUUACAAAGCGAGAUUCAGGCAAAAACAGCCAUAGCAGAUGAACUUAGUAAAACGAGAACGGAUUUUAUUGCUUUACAACGAGACCUUCGUGAAUCUAAAAAGAUGAUUGAAAGUUUAUCAACAGAUCUUAAGAAAAAAGAUAAUCAGUUAAAGGAAAUGCAGGCUGAACUACAGCAAGAAUCUUUUUAUGAACGUCCUUCAUCCCAAAUGUCUUACUUAGAACAUUUCCUGAAAGAAACAGCAAAAGAUAGAUCAUCAUCAUCAAACACAGUUCCAACACCAGUCCCAAAUCCCGAAAUGUCCCCAAGUUCAGGAAAAAACAACAGUACAAUUAUUCCAAGUUCUUCAUCAAAUAAUAACUUGGGCUAUACUCAGCAAGCUCAAAGUAUAUCGUCAAUUCCUCAGCAAUACUCUCAAAGUCAAUCCGUUCAAUUACAAGAAAAUUAUAUGAAUACAAAAAAUUUUUCAGUUGAAAGCGACGAAGGUGAUAUUGAAGACAACAAACUACAUAGUUCUAGCUCGAGGAGUAACAUUAGUGAUGCUUCUUUAGAUCAUUCGAAUAGCAUUCAUAGCUCAAUAUUGCAAAAGCAAGACUCUUCUCAAAAAUCUUCAGCAUCUCAACGAAUUCACCAGUUUUUGGUGCGUACAUUUUCAUCCCCAACUAAAUGUAAUUUCUGUACCUCAAUAAUGGUCGGUUUAACUCGACAAGGUGUCGUUUGUGAAUUAUGUGGAUUUGCGUGUCAUAUGAUUUGUUGUCAAAAAGUUCCGACUCAUUGUCCAGCUACUCAAUCAAAAAGACCACUUGGAAUUGAUCCUUCAAAAGGCAUUGGAACAGCUUAUGAAGGAUAUGUUAAAGUACCAAAACAUGGAUUUAUUAAAAAAGGCUGGAUUAGACAGUUCGUGGUUGUUUGUGACUUUAAAUUGUUUCUAUAUGACAUAACUUCCGAAAGAAGCUCAAUGCCGAGUGUCCACGUAGCGCAAGUUUUGGAUAUGAGAGAUUGUGAAUUUUCUGUAUCCAGUGUAAGAGAGAACGAUGUAAUACAUGCAUCGAAGAAAGAUGUUCCAUGUAUUUUUAAAAUUACAACAUCAUUAUUGGAAGGUCAACCUUUGCAAACAUUAAUGCUUGCUGAUUCGGAGAGUGAAAAGAAUAAAUGGGUAGUGGCAUUGAAUGAGUUACAUCGCAUAUUAAAACGAAAUAAUUUACCAAAUACUUCAGUAUUUAGAAUUAAGGAGAUUCUUGAUAGUACAUUAAGUGUUGUAAGAAAUGUUACUUCUGGAAUUAUAAUCGAUCAAGAUCGUGUUAUGUUAGGCACAGAGUCUGAUGGUGUUUUUUGUGUUGAACUUGACCGAUGUGAAAUAGCUAAAAUUGGAGAAAGCAAAAAGAUUUAUGAAAUUUGGUAUUUAAGCGAUGAACAAAUAUUUAUGAUUCUAUGCGGCAAACAAAGGUCUAUUAAGCUACUGCCAAUAAGAGCUUUAGAAUCUACUGAUGUUGAAUGGAUAAAAGUUGUUGAAUCAAAGUUUUGCGUCACUGCCACUUGGGGACUAAUACGUAAAUUUCCACAAAACAUAUUUUGCAUUGUUUUGGCUAUGAAGAAGUCAAGCGGCUCACAAAUAAUAGUUUAUGAAAUCAACCGUAAUAAAACUCGACAUCACAAGAUAUGUGAAUUUAAUGUUUGUUAUCAAGUUCAGAGUUUACAAAUUCUCUCUGACACAAGGCUGGCUGUUGGACAUCAAUCUGGCUUUACGGCUUAUUAUCUUGAAGGAGAAGCACAUGCAAUGCCAUUAGUUCAUCCGGAAAAUCAAUUAAACAACUUUUUAAUGUACUCUGGUGUUGAUGCGUGGAGAGUCAUUGAAAUACAGUCUAGUCAAAAUAGUGGAUACAGAGAAUUUCUAUUGGUUUUUCAAACGUUAUCGAUCUACGUAGACAUACAAGGACGAAAAUCUCGUGACAGGGAAAUUAUGUAUCCAGCCGUUCCUACUCAUAUAACUUUUUGUGAUGGCCAUUUAUUGGUAUAUUCUGAGACACAUUUAGAUGUAUUUAAUAUUCAAAUGGGUGAAUGGGUUCAAUCAAUUGGCCUUAAGAGAUCGAAGCCUCUUAGUUUCAAUGGUAAUUUAUCUUUAAUGAGCAUUAAUGAUUCUACAACAAUCAUUUAUCUCGCCAAUAUGCAUACAAGGGAAGUCUUAAAUACAGAAAAGUUCUUGAACAGAGAAGAAAGCUUCAAGACGAAAAGAAAGUUUUCUUUACGUGAAAUAAACAAAACUAUUCGUAUUGGCUCUGAUCGACGUAAACUGAUUUCUGGUCCAACUAAUUUUAAUCAUAUAAGCCACAUGGGUCCAGAAAUUCAAAAACAAAAGUUUGUGGAUUUGCCGAGUAAUGCUGACCAAGGAAGCAUAAACGAAAAAUUGGCAUCGAGAAUUUCACCAUGUCAAUUGAAUCUCAGUAGUAGCAAGAAAUCGUCUACAUCCUCACGAUACUCCUCUCUUCCAAGAUCUCCAAGUCCAUUAGAUAAUAGUGCUUCAUCUCUAAAUAUGUCUCGCGAACGUAAAUCUGAAUCUCGUCAAAGCAUUACUAGUAAUAUUUCUAGCUCUACUCCUCCUUCUCCUAAUCGUUUGAGUUCCAGUUAUGAUAGCUAAAGAUAUAUAUGAAAUUAUUCAUACCAUACAAACCGUUCAUAUUAAUCAACUAUUUCAAAAUUUAAAUCUUUAAAUCACAAAGCCAAAGUAUUCCAAAAACGUUUAAUUCGUGUUAAAUUGGAGAUAAAUAAAACUAUCCCCGAAAGAAUUAUGAAUGAAAAUUGGGCGCAAGCUUUCUGAAUAAUGCAUACCUUUUUGAUUUUCCUUUUAAGUUAUAAAAAAUGUCUGCAGUAUUAUUUAAUUAUAAUAAAUGUUUCAAUUGCAAUUUACAUCUAUAAAGGUAUGUGCGCAUUUACUGCCCCAAAAAUUGAAUAAUUUGCAUGCAAAUUAUUAUUCAUACAUAACUUACAUCACAUAGUUUUAAUGCCAAACGUUUUUAACAUAUUAACUCAUUGCAUUCAAUAAAUUCAAAUAAAAAUUAUGUGACGAAUAAAUAUCAACAUAAAUUAAACUAUUCAUUUGUACUCCUUUAUUAAGUCUAGAUUUCUUCUUUUCAGAACAUUUUGCAAUUUUUUUUACUACAUUAUAAUACCUAUAUUUAAAUACAAUAGUCUUUCAUGUACUUAUCACACUCAAUCUUGAUUCUUUUUUUUAAAUUUAAUUUGAAUGUACAAUUUCCGAACGGGUCAUUAACUUUAUUAUGGGAUAUUCAAUAGGAAUACUUUUUGACAUUAAUAAGAGUCGUUCUCUCAUG